AAAAUGUUUGCGUUACUGUUAACCAUUAAUAUUUUUAAGAUCGUUUUUGCAAUCGAACCUAUAGUUAAAAUUGAAGAUGGUGAAUUAAGAGGUUCUAUAUUAAAAGAUAUCGAUGGGAAACCUUUUUAUAGUUUUCAAAAAAUUCCUUUCGCUGCUCCACCAAUUCGUUCGUUAAGAUUUAAGGAUCCUAAACCGAAUCAAAAAUGGAAAGGAGUUAGAGAUGCCACUAAAGAAUCUCCGAUAUGUCUUCAAAAACAAUUUCUUUUACACGGUAAUUUCACCGGGGUUGAGGAUUGUUUAUAUUUAAAUGUUUAUACUCCGAAGAUAAAACCAAACAAAUUAUUUCCUGUUCUCGUUUUUAUUCACGGCGGAGGAUUCAUCGAAGGUAGCGGAACUUACUCAUUUUAUGGCCCAGAAUUUUUAAUAUCACAAAAUAUAAUCCUUGUAACCAUUAAUUAUCGCCUUGGAAUUCUGGGAUUUUUAAAUUUCAAAAAUCAAUCUCUUAAUGUUCCCGGAAAUGCUGGGUUAAAAGACCAAACGAUGGCUUUAAAAUGGGUUCGUAAGAACAUCGAGCAAUUUGGGGGAGAUAAAAAUAAGGUUACAAUCGUUGGGCAAAGUGCUGGAGCUGCAAGUGUUCAUCUUCAUGUUAUUUCACCAUUAUCAAAAGGUUUAUUUAGUAAUGCCAUAAUACAAAGUGGAACAAGUUUAGCUCCUUGGUGUAAUGGAGAAAUUAAUAAUGGGGUUACAGCUGCUAAUAUUUUAAAUUAUCAAGGUAAUAAUGAAAGUGAUAUGUUAAAAUUGUUACAAAAUGCAUCUGUUGAUGAACUUAAAAAAGCUUCGGUUAAUGUUUCGAUGUUAGUAGAAAUUGAUAAACCAAAUAGAUUCGGACCAACAAUCGAACAUCCCAACCGCGAAGCUUUCCUUACAGAUAACCCAAGAAAAUUAAUAAAAAAAGGAUUAUUUAAUCACGAUGUAAAAAUCAUGAUUGGAAUAACAAGCGCAGAAGGAAUGGUGAUGGAUUCAUUUUUCAUUUAUCGCGAUGGAAUUUUCAAUCCACUCCCAACAAGCAAAUUCAUACCUUAUUACUUCAAAUUUUCCUCCGAUAAAAAUCGACAAAAAUUAGUUAACAAAAUUAAUAAAUUCUAUAAUUUGGAGAAUAAACUCGACCCAAACCCACAUUUAAAUCUCCAAAGUGAUAGUUAUUUCACGUUUUGUUUAUAUGAAACAAUUUUUGGGCAUUUACGUUAUAACCAAAUUUAUCUUUAUCUUUUCUCCUCGGAUUCGAAAUUGAAUAUGUGGAAAUACAGUAAUAAUGUUACUAAAAAUUAUGAGGGGGUGUGUCAUAUUGAUGAUUUAGGGUAUUUAUUCCCGAACCCUAACACACCAAAGGUUGCUUAUGAUAAAACUUCGAAAGAAUAUAGAUAUAUUAAAAACACAGUUAAAUUAAUAUCUAAUUUCGUUAAGUUUGAAACUCCAACUUUACCCGAUGAGAGAAUUCAGUGGAAAAAAGUAAACAAUAAAAGUAUUAAUUAUUACAAUAUUAAUUUGGAUAAUAAUACGCGGGGAAUUGGGUUUUAUAAGGAAAGGGUUAUGUUUUGGUGCGAUGUUUAUAGGGAACAAAAAUACCCGAAUUUUUGUCCAGAUAAUUUUUAAAAGGAAAUUGUUGAAAUAAAAGUUUUUGUUUAAAAUGCAAA